AUGGCUCCUCUGUCCAUUCAAGUCUCAGGGAAAUCAACCAUCAGUCGGCACCCUGAACGAGCCGUCCUCAAAGUCACAGUCAAGGCCGAGGGCGAUGAGAGGCACACUAUCUCAAACCAGGUCAUACUUACUUCAAAUGAACUCCAUACGAUUUUUCAGGAGCUAUCACCAAAAGCCGAAUUUGGCACCGCCACCCUCGAUGCACCGGUUACCGUUUUUUCUUCUACUGGACUCUCUACAUGGUCCCACAAUUUAAAAAAGAAGAACGAACUGGAGGUCACGCGGUAUUAUGCACAGUCGUCCUUUCAAGCCAAAUUUCGUAACCUGGCCACGUUGAGCCAGGUCACGGGAAAGCUGGUUACGUACCCCCUUGUCGACAUAAAUUCCAUUGAAUGGUGUUUGACAGAUGAAACGCAGCAGAAUUUAAGCUCUGAGUCCCGGAAACUGGCCAUACGCAACGCAAUUGAGAAGGCUAAUGACUUUGCUGAGGUUGUUGGGCGGGCAGUUGUGCCUGUUGAAAUUGAUGGUGGUGAGCAGAGAAGUUUUCAACAGGCUGUUCAGCAAAUGCCACGGUACAUGAUGCAGCAGAUGGCUUCAGUACAAGGCCAGUAUCUUGAGAUGUCCUCUACUUCUGUUGCUGAUGAUAAUGGAGCUUUGAAUAUGUCUCCACAGGAUAUUCGGUAUACUGGAAGUGUUCAAGUCAGGUUUGCGGCGGCGGAUGAAUAG